CUUCGUCCAUCCUCGUCCUUGCCGGGCGGGAGCAGCCCCCGCGUCCGGUGCACCGUCAUAAGGGAAAGUAUGCACUCGAAGUGCGGACGGGUCUCAGAAGCAAGAAAGCGAGAAGUUCAAGAAGGCUCUUGCUCGUUCCGCUGAGCGAACCGGCGAGACGACGUUCGCCAACGAUGAAGAGGACCACGCGUCGCCUCCACGUGCCUUCCAUGAGUCCGCAGGUCGAUUCCGCGACGAGGUGAGAGAUCAAACAAGUCAACGUAGCCAUCAGAAUUCUUGUUCGAAAAUCUUUCACAAAGAUAUUUCUGAAUCCAUGUCGAUAUCCGUGUUGAUAUGCACGCGAUCACCGUCGAAGGCCGAUAUUCCAAUAAACGAACAAAAAGUGGUCUGUCCGCUCUAUGAGCUCAAGUACAACAAUAAUAUUAAUUAUUGCAAAAUUGCGGAAACAGACACGUUUUCCAAGCACGAGGAUCAAGUCUAAUCUCGACAUGUCACGAGAGAUUCUAUCCCGACGAGAGACACCCUCGAUGGAGACCACGGACGCUCGCAAUUCGAAGAGGAACACCCGCGCGCAGCGUCGAUGGCGAAUCCUGGCCAGGGCGCUGACCGGCUCGCCAGAGCCGACUGGCAGCGAGUCUGAUGAGGAGGUGUCGGUGCGCCGGUUCACCAGCUUCGGCCUGCUGAAGUGCACGUUGCUGGAGAACGUACCUGCUGACGGCGAGUCCAGCUGGUGCGAGUACUCGGCCCAGCUGGAGGACGGUCAGUCGUACGACGUGCAGAUACGCCGAAUAAGCAAGUGCUUCACGGCCAGCGAGCUGAUCGGCUUCAACAACACCGGUAACGUGUGCGUGUGGCCGUCCGAGGAGUGCCUGGCCUACUAUCUGCUGAGGAAUCGCGGCCUCUGCCGAAAUAGGAGCGUCCUUGAACUCGGUGGUGGCAUGAGCUGCCUGGCCGGCGUACUUAUCGCCAAGUAUUGCAAUCCUAGCGCGGUCACACUCACGGACGGCAACGUGACCAGCGUCGACAACGUGCGCUGCAUCGUCACCAGGAACGACAUGACGGAUCUGGUGGAGUGCGGCGUUGUGCAGUGGGCCCGGGCUGCCAGGACCCUUAGACAGGCAGCGGCUAAUGGCAACCGCGUUAAGACCUGGACGGCUGACGGCGACGAGGACGCACUACUGCCAUCCGGUUUGUACGACGUGAUUCUGAGCGCGGACUGUCUCUUCUUCGACGACGCCCGGUUGGAUCUGGUGGAGACGAUCUAUGGCUGGCUGGCCGACGACGGAGUCGCCUUGGUGAUGGCGCCUAGACGCGGCACGACAUUCCAGAUAUUCGCCGAGGCCUCGAUCAAACGUGGCUUCAUAGCACGACAGACGGAACGUUACGAUGACACGGUGUGGUCGCGGCAUCUGGAGCUGCUGGAGAACAGUCCAGAGUACUGUCCAGACCUUCAUUAUCCGGUUUUACUGGAGCUCACCAAGCAGAAGAAGACGCCGCCUGGAUGAUCGGGCUCGGUCGACGACGAUGAGGGUCUCGGCGAGGAUUGAGAGUGCGUUCUUGCGAACGUUUCUGGCGUGUUGCGGAAUUUACGCAGAAAGAAUAGUUCUAAGCAGUGGAGCGGGUGUUCGUCGCAACGGCGAGACGUAAAGAUGCAUAAGAUGCCCCUUGUCCAGCAACGUCAAGGUCGGUUUUUUAUUGGUUGCGUCUGAUGAGGCGUUUAGCGUUCGCGUGCAUCGAUCUUCCGUUCGUACGCAUCGUUUCACAUCGUCGCUAUCGGAAAAGUUCCGCAGGGAGGUUUCCCACGUUUGUGCGGAGGUUUGUGCGCGAGAACCACUCGACGAGCUUGUGCGUGCCCGACCUUUGCCCCUUCGUUAAUUAAAUCGUAAAUGUCGGUGCUGGAUAUCUCCGAUAUUCUCCGAUAUGUGCGUAUCUGCAAAUUCGAAUGUUAAUCAUAUUUGUGCCUCUAAUGUCUCGCAUAUUUAUUUAAAUUUAAUGACAUUAAUAUAAUUUAUUUAACAGAUAUCUUUGUUAUCUCGAUUUGAAGUGCACUUCGUGGCGCGGAUGUUUACAGCAGAUGAUGCGCCGAAUGACGUAACAUCCUAUAAUCCUUCGUUUUAAAUUAAUCCAAAGUAUCGCAGUGCCCGUGAAUAUUAUUCUCGCUCGUAGCAGGUGAGACUUUUGGCACCAUUUUAUGCAUCGCGACUAUAAAUUGGAGAACAGGAAGCUGGUACCAACGAGCAAGCAAGAAUCUUUGAAUUUAACUAACGUCUACUUAAUUAACGUCUUCUGCUUAGACAUCGAAUUCCAAACGUUGAAUUAUACCUGAAGUUGGAAAAUUAGAAUUACAGAAUAGACUCACGAGUAAAGUGAUCGAAGUCGUAGCGGAUAAUGUUAAAUUUAAAGCCCACGUUUGAAGAUUCCAGAAUGAAUUUGUAUAAAUUAAGAAUUAUUCCAAGAUAGAUUAUGGUGUCCAUUAUACUUUGUAACGUUCUUCAUCCGAGAUUAAAACGCGGUUUUUAAGGAGGAUUCUUCUAGGAAGUACCUGAUUUUUUAUAUCGGACGGGGUGAAAACGUCGGGAGCACGAUCGAGUUUCAGUGUCACGCAUUGAAGCGUCAUUUAUGAUGGCGCUGCGACACCGGUAAUUUUAUCGAUCAUCGAUUAAGACUCCGACAUUAGAUAGCUCGAGAUACUUAUCGGAUUUCUCGUCCCUUGCAGCCGGCAGGACCAAUCGCAGAGACAUGUUAGAGACGGCAUAGUGCUUAAGUGCAACCAAAUCAUAACAGACUGUAUCGUUUCUAAUGAAUUUCCUUCGUCACAGAACUGCGUUAAAAGACACCUCCGUGGAAUAUCUUUGGAUAAAAAGUGUAUCAACGUUAUCAGUUAGGAAUUAACACUGCCGUGGGUCCAAAAGUGCAGUGAAUUCGCACAGAAGCAGAAUACCAAUUCAGUUACUGAUUUGGCAGUGAAUGGCCCGUGGAACAAAAUAAUAGAAAAAUCAUUAUUACGCUUGUUAUUGUAUAAAUGCAAAUGCAGAUUAUUAUAUUCUCUCGACACAAUGUAAUUGCAGGAUCAAUUUCAGAAAAUUUAUAAGGAAACGUUUUACAUAAGUCGAUUUUGCCUUAUUCAGGUUAUAUAUCAUAUAGUGAUAUAUUUAUUUAUUCAUUAAGCAUACGCGUGCACACAUAUACAUACAUGUAUACAAGCAUGCGUGCGUGUGCGUGUGCGUGCGCGCGCGCGCGCGCGCGCGUGUGUGUGUGUGUGCAGAAGACAAAAGAAUUCCCGAUUAUUUCUUAGGUAUCUCUUUGAUCGCGUUCUGAACCCGUUACCUCAAAGGACCAAUCUAUACGUACAUAAUUAAGUCUAGUCAGAAUUACCAAACUUCCACUAUAUUAUGUAUUAUAUUUCUGCCGUUACAUAGAUAUAGAUUAUCCAUAAAAUUCUAUCUAUUUGUAUAAAGACGGCAUUCUAACAAGUGAGAAUAAUUAAAUUAUACCGCAAAAGAAGAUUAACUUUACGAGAAA